AUGGCGUCAGACUUUGUCGACAUGUCUCUCAUCGACCAUCCAACAUGGUGCUACACGGACCCCGCCGGCCUCCGCCCCGAGUUCCUCCCAUACACUGCCACCAAUUCCUGGCCCGACCAGCCGGACAGCCCGUCCUGGAAUCGCUGCGACGAGUUAGUCUGCGCCAUCUUCUCGGCCUGGGACGAGCUCCCGCGCUCCAUCCUCCACCCAUGGACACCUGAGCAGGAACUGCAAGCCCUCCUCCGGCUCGACGGCCUCGUCAACGCCUUCCAACUGUACCUACCCGCCAACCCCAACGCCUUCCGCGACUGGGUGCUCCGCUUCCAGAACGCCAUGGACACCGGCCAGACGGCGGCGCGCAAGCUCCUCGCGACGACGACGGCCGAGCGGCAGCGCGGCUGGGGCCCGUGGCGGCGGCACCAGGCCUGGAUCGCGCGCUGGCAGUACAUCAUCAACCUCCGCAACCAGGGCGAGCCGGGACCGUCGCGCGUCAGCCGCCCCGAGUGGCGCGGCCUGCGCUACCCCGAGAUCGUCGCCCGCGCCGACUGGGCCAUGCCGCUGCCCUGGCUGCUCAGCGGGUACGCGGCCCGCCUCGACAGGGACCCCGAGGCCGUGGCGACCGCCUUUUGGCGCCUGCUCGCGCCGGACCAGACGGUCGAGGGCCUGCCGGCGGGAUAUGGCAUGGGCGUCGAGGUUUCUGUCAUGGGCAACCCCCGGCCGGCUCUGCAGCAGCCAUCUCUUCUGCAGAAUGCUGGAGGCCUGGCGCCUUGGAGGCAGAUGCAGCGCCACGUGGCUGCUUCGCAGUUUGGUGUUUCUUCGUUGAGCCUUCACGACUCGAUGGAGCAGAUGGAGGAGAACCGUGCCCCGAAGGAGGCUGACAGCGGUGUUGUUGAUUCGACUGGGGACGAUGAGUGA